CGGCCCCGGCCCGGCCGAAUGCAUGAGGUUGAUGCUCCUCUGCUGCACCUGGAGGGAAGAACGUAUGGGAGAGGAGGAAGGAAGUGAUCUGCCCGUUUGUUCAAGCUGUGGCCAGAGCAUCUAUGAUGGGCAGUACCUCCAGGCCCUGAAUGCUGACUGGCAUUCUGACUGCUUCAGGUGCUGCGAGUGUGGGGCCUCCCUCUCCCACCAAUACUAUGAAAAGGAUGGGCAGCUGUACUGUAAGAAGGACUAUUGGGCCCGCUAUGGCGAGUCAUGCCAUGGCUGCUCCGAGCAGAUCACCAAAGGGCUGGUCAUGGUGGCAGGGGACCAGAAAUACCAUCCUGAAUGCUUCAUCUGCCUCACGUGUGGGGCCUUCAUUGGAGAUGGGGACACCUAUGCCCUGGUGGAACGAUCCAAGCUCUACUGUGGGCAUUGCUAUUACCAAAUGGUGGUGACUCCGGUCAUCGAGCAAAUCUUGCCUGACUCGCCGGGGUCCCGCCUCCCACAUACGGUCACCUUGGUGUCCAUCCCAGCUUCCACUGAUGGCAAGCGAGGGCUCUCUGUGUCCAUCGACCCGCCCUAUGGCCAGCAGGGCUGUGGCUCUGAGCACUCCCACACUGUUCGAGUUCGUGGAGUGGACCCAGAUUGCAUCAGUCCAGAUGUGAAGAACUCCAUCCACAUUGGAGACAGAAUCCUGGAAAUCAAUGGUACUCCCAUCCGGAACGUGCCCUUAGAUGAGAUCGACCUUCUGAUCCAGGAGACCAGCCGCCUGCUCCAGCUGACCAUUGAGCAUGACCCCCAUGAUGUCCUGGCCCAUGGCACAGCUCCAGAGGCCAGCCCUCUGGCAGAUCUUCGAAGCCCACUGUGCUCCCCAGCCCGAACGCCCAACACAGAAGCAGGGGGUCCUGUCCGGCAGAGGCCUGUCCUGAGAAGCUGCAGCAUUGACAAAUCACCCUGUGGCAGCUCCCUGGGCUCUCCUGCCUCCCAGAGGAAGGACCUGGGCCGUUCGGAGUCCCUGCGCAUCGUCUCUCGGACACACCGCAUCUUCCGGCCCUCUGACCUCAUUCAUGGGGAAGUGCUGGGGAAGGGCUGCUUUGGACAGGCCAUCAAGGUGACUCACCGGGAGACCGGCGAGGUGAUGGUGAUGAAGGAGCUGAUCCGAUUUGAUGAGGAGACGCAGAGGACGUUUCUCAAAGAGGUGAAGGUGAUGCGUUGCCUGGAGCAUCCCAAUGUGCUCAAAUUCAUUGGAGUGCUCUACAAGGACAAGAGGCUGAACUUCAUCACUGAAUAUAUCAAGGGUGGCACCCUCCGGGGAAUCAUCAAGAGCAUGGAUAGCCAGUACCCAUGGAGCCAGCGGGUUAGCUUUGCCAAGGACAUCGCCUCUGGAAUGGCCUAUCUGCAUUCCAUGAACAUCAUCCACAGAGACCUAAAUUCCCACAAUUGCCUGGUGAGAGAGAACAAAAAUGUUGUCGUGGCCGACUUUGGGCUGGCCCGGCUCAUGGUGGAUGAGAAGAACCAGCCCGACCAGCUGCAGAGUCUGAAGAAGCCAGACAGGAAGAAGCGGUACACGGUGGUGGGGAACCCCUAUUGGAUGGCUCCAGAGAUGAUCAAUGGGCACAGCUAUGAUGAGAAGGUGGACGUCUUUUCCUUUGGCAUUGUCCUCUGUGAGAUCAUCGGCAGGGUGAAUGCUGACCCCGACUACCUUCCCCGAACAAUGGACUUCGGUCUCAAUGUACGAGGAUUCCUGGAUCGAUACUGUCCCCCCAACUGCCCACCAAGCUUCUUCCCCAUCACCGUCCGCUGCUGUGAUCUCGACCCUGAGAAGAGGCCAUCUUUUGUGAAGCUGGAACAGUGGCUCGAGACUCUCCGCAUGCACCUGGACAUCCAUCUCCCCCUGGGGCCACAGCUGGAACAGCUGGAUAAGGGGUUCUGGGAAACCCACAGGCGGGGUGAGAGCGGGCUGCCCAUGCACCCGGAGGUCCCCGACUGAGCCAGACUGGCCAGCCCUGGCCCUCCUGGCCCCGUCCUGCACCGGAGCCCCCGUCUCAGACAGCAUCAGCAUCCGCUCACAUCAACUGCAGAGCAAGAGGGAGGGGAAGGGAGAACCUUCCCCUGCCCCAUCCAUCCCCCUUCCUAGGCUCCCUCCUGGGAGCACCCAAGCCCUCCUAAAAUGCACAGUCAUCAUCUCCUUCUCGCAGCUCGCCACACCCUAGGGUCUGGCCCCAACUCAGGAGCCCUUCCUUCCUUCAAGGAGGUUAAGCCAGGUUUGUCCAGUGCAGCUCAGGAUCUCCUGGGUCUUUGGGGCAUGGGAAAGGGGAUGGGGGGGUCACCUCCCCCCCAAGACCCUACCCCGUGAAGUCUGGGGGGAGGGAUGGGGGCAGAGAGAGUGUCUAGGCACCUUCCUAGAAACAGUCACCAUUGGUGAAGACUUCAGAUUCACAUUUCAGCACUCACACCCCCUCCGCCAUCUUUCUCCGCACCCACCAACCCCUUUCGACCAAACCUUUCACUUCUCUCCUUUGCCACGGUUACCUCCCAUAGUGUGGUCUUUCCUCACCUUCACUGGGACUGCCCUUGGCUUCUGGGAAUGGCCGCUCUCCCCUCAGCCUUGCCUGUAGCUCACUGUUCUGCCCCUUGUCUCUGGGAUUGGCCCGAAGUGUGGCCCUCACUGGUGCCUGGGUCCAGAUGAUGCUUCCGUCGUGGUCCUUUAUUCUCACUAGCUUUGGCCCUGCUUUGUGAGCCGUGUUCCCCUCUCCUACUGCCAGCCCCCAGGUUCUGCUCCUCUUCCUCUCCCACUUGUGGUGAUAGGGGAUAGGGUAGGGUGAGAGUGAAGGCUGGGCCUGGGAAAGGAAGAAAAGCUGCCCCUUCCUCUCCCCCCUGUGGGAGGAAUGAGGCAAGGGUCGCCCCAUCCCUGGAGAGAAAGCCAAGGGGCCAGCACUGGCACUUCCAGCAUCCCCAGCAUGUCCUGUCCCAGCUGAGGGGUGCCUUGGGUUUGAGGGGGGUUGUGCUGGAAGGGAACAAGGAAAGGUGAAGGCACAAAACCCUUAGCUUAUCAUUUUGGUUUUGUUUUUUUCCAAUAUAGAAUUUCCAUAAGGUUUUAUAGGGCUUUGCUCCAAAUGUGUUCCCUGUGGUUUAAUUUUUUGGGACGUCUUCUGUCCCUGUCCUCCAGGCUGUUGAAAGUGUGUCCUUGUUUCAAGGCAUACAUAAGGGGUGUGUGCAUGUGUGUGUGUGUACACAUGUGUGCACAUAUGUGCAUGUAUGUUACAUGAAGGUCUGCGCUGUCCAGUUGCACAUGCCUCUGAUGGAAAUGCACAUGUGGAUUGUCUCCAUGGUCAACCUCAUCUAACAUCUGCAUGGCGCUCUCUGCCUUUCAAAGCCCUUUCUUUCAUAUUCAUUCACUUAUUUGAGCCACACAACAACUUUGUCAUCCAGACACGUUAGGCACUAUUAUUCCCAUCGGACAGAUACAGAGUCCAAGGCCCAGGUGGGUGAAAUCACUUCCUCGUGGUCACACUUAGGGCUUGGUGGCCAAGCCGGGGACUAGAGCCAUAUUGCAUAGAAGGUCCAAGCUGGAAGGGACCUCAGAAAUCAUCUCAUCAUUUCACGUCCUUCAGUUCACAGAUGAGGAAAGAAAAGCCUUUGGUCCAGGGAUCACCCAGCUGACUCCCUGUGCUCUCUCAGUGAUAUCACGCUGGGCCCUCUGUACAGAGAGGAAACUAGUUGGAGUCAGUGGCCAAGCCAAGAUUAGAACCCAUACUCUGUGUAUGUGUGUGUGUGUGUGUGUGUGCGUGCGCGUGCGCGCGUGCGCAUGUCUCUUUGCUUGGAUAUGAGGGGAAGCAGAUUGGGCAGCUCAGCAGAACCAGGUCCAGGCCAGUGGGAGAGAAAGGGUAGGCCAGUCAGAAAAGGCCAGUCCAGUAACUGGGAACCUUGUCUCCUGGGAAGCCCCAGCCUUUACCUAUCCCUGUCAUACCUGAGGUCAUGGAGGUGAUAGCUAACAUUCCCAGGGCGCCAGCCUAGGAGCCUAGGUUUGAUUAGCCACUGUCCUCCCUCAUCCCAGGGGGUAUUUGGAAAACCCGGGGCAGGGGCCUGUUUACUGCCCUAGUCUGUAGCACAGAGAAAGGGUUCCCUUCCUCUCUUUUGGUAGGUACUGAUCCUUGGGGAAAGAAACCCCUUUAGCUAGAGUAUCCCCCCCACUAUUUUCUUUUUGUUGAAACCACAUCAGAAGUUACUAAAUCCCUCUGUGUCUCAGCACAACCCAGGCAGCUGCUUAAAUGGGAGUGCCCGAGGGGCUCUGGGAAGCCGGUGGUGGCACAGUCUCUCGAUUUUGACCCCCAGAAGGGCUGGGAGAGGCCCAAGGGGAGGCUGGGGAAGGCAGACAGCAAGUGUCUGCCAGCAUCAUCCCCAGCCCUUCAUCUCGGCCCUCCGGGCCCCAUCCUUGAUUCCUCUCCCCCAAGGAUGGACCAGUGGGAAGUGGAGCAAGGGGGUCUUCAUGCUACUGUUUACCCAGGUUCUUUUGUGUAAUAUAUUUUUUAAAAAGAGUUUGUAUUAUUUUU